AAAUCUGGAGAAGAAAGGAAAGAAAAAAGGAAGAUUCUGAAUCCGGCGGGGAAUUUCCUUUCUUCGUCGGAAUAGAUUCUCUACCUUUCUUGGCAACCGAACAGAAUCUCCGAUGUUCCACCAUUAUUCUCUUUGUUAAUUGACUCUCUCACGUCUCCACAUGAUUUGACCUCCUCACUCUCCGGGGUUACUCUCUCCUCUCCUGGUCCAUUUUCCCGGAUCUGAUUCCUUCGCCAUGGAUUCUCGAGUUGACGAGGAGGCUCCUUUGGUCGUCGGAGAUCGGAAGGUAGAGCAGCCCAAGAACUAUACGAGGGAUGUUCAUAUCCUCAGUAUCUCGUUUCUGCUCGUCUUCCUCGCGUACGGUGCCGCUCAGAACCUCGAAACCACCAUUAAUAAGGAUCUGGGAACAAUCUCUCUCGGGAUAUUAUAUGUCUCCUUCAUGUUCUGCUCCAUGGUUGCAUCCUUGGUUGUGCGGUUAAUGGGCUCAAAGAAUGCUCUGGUUUUAGGAACUAGUGGUUAUUGGCUAUUCGUUGCUGCAAAUCUGAAGCCGUCGUGGUUUACUAUGGUACCAGCCUCUCUGUACCUUGGAUUCUCAUCUUCGAUUAUAUGGGUUGGGCAGGGAACAUACCUCACUUCGGUUGCACGAAGUCAUGCUAGAGAUCAUAACUUGCAUGAAGGCCCAGUAAUUGGUAUAUUCAAUGGGGAAUUUUGGGCUAUGUUUGCAUGCCACCAGUUGUUUGGGAAUCUUGUCACGCUUGCCUUGCUGAGAGAUGGGAAGGAAGGAAGCACCAGUGGGACGACUUUAUUGAUGGUGGUCUUUCUCUUUAGUAUGACAUUGGGUAUCAUACUAAUGUGCUUCAUUCGUAAAAAUGAGGUAGAAGAUGGAAAAGAAGCUAAGGGUUCUUCUGUUGGAUUCUAUGACUCGGUGGUUUCCCUGCCAAGGAUGAUAAUCACUCCUCUGCUCAACAAACGGAUGGUGCUGAUUGUCCCACUCCUUGCGUAUUCAGGAUUGCAACAGGCAUUUGUUUGGGCUGAGUUUACUAAGGAUGUUGUAACACCAGCAAUUGGUGUCUCUGGUGUUGGGGGUGCAAUGGCAGUCUAUGGAGCUCUUGAUGCUGUUUGUUCAAUAACAGCGGGAAGAUUUACUUCUGGGCUUUCAUCAAUCACCUUCAUAGUUUCGGGUGGAGCUGUUGCUCAGGCUUUUGUUUUCCUCUGGCUUCUUCUUGGGUACAGGGUAACUAGUGGAGCGUUAGGCACUGCAUACCCCCUUCUUAUGGCGGCUUUAUUAGGCAUAGGAGAUGGAGUGCUGAAUACCCAAAUCAGCGCAUUGCUUGCAUUACUCUUCAAGGAUGACACGGAAGGAGCAUUUGCACAGCUGAAGGUGUGGCAGAGUGGAGCAAUAGCGGUGGUGUUCUUUCUCAGCCCAUACAUAACUAUGCAGGCGAUGGUUGUAGUGAUGCUUGCAGGGGUAUGUUUUUCUCUGCUCUCUUUCCUCACCUUGUCUGUGUGGGUAGAGAAAGUGUUCUUCCAUGGCCAAAACCAGUAGAAAAACAAGGAAAUUGUGAAAUUGAAUUGUAAAUCGUUUGUAUGGUUGGAUAAUAAUGUUGUGUAAUA